CCGGUCCGGCGGCCGAGGAAACUGUAAAAGCUAUGCUGGGGACGCGGCGUGGAGUUUGAUUCACCUUCACCUGCGCGGGGCACCAGCUGACCCCGGGCUUCCGCCCGGAGAGCUGUCAGACAUGAACGGACGGGUGGAUUAUUUAGUCGCUGAGGAAGAGAUCAACCUGACGAGAGGACCCUCGGGGCUGGGCUUCAACAUCGUCGGUGGGACAGAUCAACAGUAUGUCUCCAACGACAGUGGCAUCUACGUCAGCCGCAUCAAAGAGGAUGGGGCUGCGGCCCGGGAUGGGCGGCUCCAGGAGGGUGAUAAGAUCCUUUCGGUAAAUGGCCGAGACUUAAAGAACCUGUUACACCAGGAUGCUGUAGACCUCUUUCGUAAUGCCGGAUAUGCUGUGUCCCUGAGAGUACAGCAUAGGUUACCAGUGCAGAAUGGACCUAUAGUACAUCGAGGUGAAGGAGAACCAAGUGGUAUUCCUGUAGCCAUGGUGCUGCUACCAGUGUUUGCCCUCACCAUGGUUGCAGUUUGGGCCUUCGUGAGAUACCGAAAACAGCUUUGAAAUGCUUGCGGUCUUCCAGUGUGUCCAAUGAACUAACUGUUUCUCUCACUCACCUCCCCUGCCAGUCUCCCUUAUCCUUUCUCCUCUACAUAGCCAACACAUGAUUUAAAGUGACUGAUUACCACUCAAAACCUUGCUCUUCAAACUCGCCAAGACUUCAAAUUCUAAUGGGAGGGUGAAGGUAUUAUUUGAAGAAAAGCUUGUGGGGGAGGGAGAAGCCUUGCUAAGAACAAAUGAGAAGUUACAUUUUUACUAGAACUGCCAAUAAAAUUUCAGCUAUCACCCAAAGAGGAAAAGCUCAGUCUUCCUGUUACCAUGGAUGACACCUUUUUCUUAGCUGGCAUGUUUGAAGGCUAGCUGUGCUACAUGGAAGGAGGAGUUGAUCUUUACUUUUUUUCUUUUCCUUUUAAUGCUUUUCCUUGUGAAAUGUCUGUGGCCUUUAAUUUGUAACUCUAUACCUAGAUGCCUAUAUUGGACACAGGCGAAUGAAGUUUGUUUUUUUUUUAACUUUCUUCAAAAAGAAAUAUAUACAGUAGUACACAUAUGCAUAUAUGAUAACACAACACUGAUGCCUUAUAAAAGGGGAGAAAACCAUACUGGUUCCUGGGUUUCUAAUGAACAAUUUUUUGGGACUAGGGGAUCAUCAUAUUCCUUCAUAUAUAAUCAAGACUCAUAUUAACAAUGAGUUCUGGAUUGUAAAGAGAACCUCCUUGCACACUUGUCUGUAAGUCAUUGUCCACAAAUUGAAAACACACACAGUGCUAAGGGAUGACUGUCACUGAAGCAGGAACUCUUUGCAGAGCGUGUAUAGUGGAGAUGGGAAAAUGAUCUUUAAAAGAGAAUGCUCAAUCAGUGGCAUUAGGAAAUAAUAACAGAAACAACGGAUUGGAAAAUGUAGAACAAGUGUCACACGGUAGCUACGGUGAUGUGGUGAAGUGUACUAGAACAGCUCUGCUCAAGUCAAUCUCUUCAAAAGACUUUGAGGUAUAAAGUCAAGUCCUACCAAUCUCUGAACCAGCCUAGUUGGUAUUUAACAGUGCUGUUAAAGGGUCAACUGGAAUAGAUAAGGGCAGCAGUAGGGCCCAAAGAACCAGAAGGGCCAAAAGUUGUCUUGAUAGACAACUGAAAAAAAAGAUCAUGCCUCAAGGUGGCACUUGAACCCUCAAGGCUACUUAACAGUUUUCAGUUUCUAGUAUCAGGCAAAACCUUAGGAACUGCCUUUCUGGUAGGACUGACCUAAAAUCAGCCUGCUUCUGAUUAAGAUAAGAAGGCCUGAAUUGGUUUUGUUUACCUCCCCCACCAAAAAAAACCACCCCUCUAAGCACUAGCUUUGAUUUUAAUAAGUCAAUGGACCAUUUUUCAGAGAAGGGGAAGGAAUAAGUUUUGUUUGUUUGAUAGAGGGGUCAAGGAAAUUUGGUGAUUGUUUCCAAGGAAAGCCUGAGAAUAGAGUGUGGAUGAGUAGAUGCCGGAGAACAGCAGGGAUAUUGGUGAGGUGGGAGCCAUCCUGUUCAUGUAGUGUCUAAGUUGGUUUUAGAGUGCCGAGGAUAGUUGAACCAAGCCUAGUUUUUUUAACAAAAUAAUUUUUAUCUUCUAAAUAUAUUGGCCAGACUGUUAUUUUGACAGAAGAUUAUGAGUUUUCCUGACAAUCUAGCAAUUACUUAACAAGUGUUGGUUGCACAUUAGUUUUGUCAAGACACCUGUACAAAGAAGGGAAAUAAAUGCACAGACUUCAUCUGAAAGGACAUUGUGAUUACAGUUAGGAAGAGAACAGUUAAAAUGGAAUUAGCCACGUAAGUGUAAGUUGUUGUUUCUAUUGUAGACAACAAUAGAAAAUAGCUCUUGCGAAUUGAGCGUCCCAUAGAGGAAGGGACAGGUGCUAACUGUCUAGUAAGAGCAUUCAUAAAUAGGUGAGAAAAGUCUAUCAGGUUGAAUAAUAAAUGAAACCAGUAUGGAAAGAAAUGUUGCCAUGCAAGAUAGAGCACAGUGUGGCUACAAAGAUGACCAACAGGUGUUUUAAAGAAUUCAGAAAAGGAAAGCUAUUGUGUAGUGGCAUCAGAGUAGAAUGGAAAGUCUUAAAAAGUCUGAUGAGACUUUGCCUCUGGGUAAACUGUUGAUACAGGGAGAGAUUUGCUUUUAACAGUCUUCACAUAACUAAGCCAUUCAGUACUUUUUGAAAUUGAUUUAGUAACAGGAGUUAUUCUAAGUCCCACAGAAAAUGCAAAAACAAAUUGUAGUUCUUGUUGCAACCAGCACCACUGUGGAGGCCCAGUGUCUGGUACCCUCCUUGUAUUCAAUGGCAUCUAAAGCGGCUUCUGCCAUGGGCCUGUUUACCCCUACUAUUCACUUCAGGGUUUGAAAUUUAUUGUUGAAGAUGGUCACACAUACAAAUUGAAACAAAUGGCAAGAAGGAUAGAAAGCUGUUGUAUGUUGAUAUAUGUAAAUACAAAACAUCUUUGGUGGGAAUUUUACUUUGGUUGAUAGGAAUUUUAAUUCACUUGGGUCUCCUUGGGAAAUAAACAGCACUUGACCAAAACAUUUAAGAUUUAGGCAAAUACUUUAGUAUUUCACUUUUGGUUGUAUGAAAACUAAAAUUAGCAUAGAUGGGAUGUUAAGAAUCCAUUAUAGAUUGUAAAAAAUUUAUGUUUAUCAUAGACUGACUCUGAUAUUCCUAUUACCUUCUAGACUAUAUAUGAUGCUUCUGCCACAUAAAUUAUAAUGUUUAAAGUUUUGAAUAUUGAUUAUAGGUAUAUUUAAAGUAUUUUUCUUGUAUUUAUCAAUGUGUUUUUAUAUAUAAUUCUAAUAGAUAUUGUUUGCUUCAGUCGUUUCUGUUUCCUUUUCCUGCAGUUUUCUAUAUGAAUGAUUUCAUGUAAUUAAUUGGACCAUCUAGCCACAGGCAACAGAUAAAAAUAGUAUUUGUAAUUACAGUCUAUGCCAGGGCUGUACUAAAUUGACUGGUGACACUAUAUAUAACCUUGAGAUCCAAGUAUUGUUAUAAAGAGACUGAGGAUGAGAGAAUAAAUUAUUUUCUAAGAUUGUAUAGGUGGUAAUAUAGAAUCAUGAUUUAAACUCAGGACUUUGGGUGACAGUAUCAGUAAUAUUCCCAUUGCUAACAGUUCUCAAAGCAAGGUCUCUGGACAAAAGCAUUAGUUUUCCCUGCAAAUUCUUGGGCAUCAUCCCAUACUUACGGAGUGAGACGAGCAUGGCAACCAGCAAUUCUGUCCUUCUAGGUAACUGACUAAUGCUGAAGUUUGAGAUUCACCACUGUCUAGUUAGAAUCACUUGGACAGCUGGUCAACCCACAUUAAAUAAGGACCUUUGGGACUAGGACUUGGACAAUAAAAUAUGUUUCACGAGGUAGCUAAAAUGUGCAGCCUCUAUUGGAAAUGUUCCAUGGCAUUAAAUUAUCAGAUCACCUGCAGACGAGGCUCUAGCCAGAAUCAAGAACUUGGCUAAGUUCAGAGCCCAGCUCUCUGAGAGGUGGAGUAAGAAGUGGAACAUUGUUUUACUCCUGUGUGCUCAGGACAGACUGAUCAACCUCUGGUAAUGUAUGUGCAGCCAUAUAAGAACCAAAUCAUAGGAUUGUGACUCUAAUAGACUCUUGGAUAAAAUUUGUAUUAGAAGUGAGAAAAGUUAGUGGGUUUUUUUUGUCUCAAAUUUGUUUUGAAUGUCACCACUAUAAGAAUACAUACAAAAACUAUAUUUUAAAAUCUCAUUUUACUUCCAUCUUUUCCCAAUGGGCUUUCAAUAAAGACCAGAAGAACUGAUAGACAGCUAAAGAGGAUUGUAGGCAUCAAGAUUUGAAUGGGAGAGUACAUUGAACAAUCCAAUAAACCCAAUCACGUGUUGUUUUAAGUUCAGUAGUUUAAAAUUAGAUAUGGGCUGUUUGUGGUAUUUUUUAUUGUGCAAAUAAGCAAUUAAAAUAUAUUUAGAGGCCAAGCAUGGUGGUACAUGUCUUCAAUCCCAGCAUUUAGGAGGUACAGGCAGAGACAGGCAGAUCCCUGUGAGUGGAGGUCAGCUGUGUGUGUGUUUCAAUAAAGAUUUUAUUCUACCCACUUUUAGUGGAAAGUAUCUUUGAUAAAGAUUUUUUUCUUCAUCCAGCAGAUAACCAUCAACACCAGUACAGCAAUAUAAAGAUAAAAUUUAGUCACUAAAUUGAAAUAGCCCAGCAACUGAGAUGGGUGAUCUUGAUGUUAAUGUAUCUUUCCAAUAUCACUGAGAAGUACACAUUUUGAGUUCUUAAGCUCUCUACCUCUCACAGUAGUUUAAGGGUUGGCUGUUAAACCAGGCUAAGCCUUUUUUGCUAUUCCUUUUAAUUGCAAAUCUUUUUUUGAGAUUAGCUCUCACAGCCUACAGUGCAAUUAUGAUUAAGGGGUGUGGCGGAGAGACAGUAUUUUAAAGAACUCUACCCAAUGGGAACCAGAUUGUGAACUGCCAUUGACUCUUGUGUUGCUAUCUAUAUAUAGAAUACAAAGCAUGUGACUGUUUACCUGAUGCACUUGAUACUAUAGAACUCUACAGAAGAAUGCUCUAUUGGUAUAAGGAAUCUAGCUCCAGUAAACACUAAUGCCUGUAACUAUAAGUUCCCUCAUUGUUACGUUCUAUUUUAACAGAGGAGAAAGAGAAGGGAAGAAGACUGAUGUAGGUUUUCAAAUGCCAUUUUAUUAUUAAUCAGCAGAUUGAUUUACAAAAGAGCUGUGUAAAUAUAUUGACUAGUCACAGGAAAAUGGGAUGGUCCUUUUCAUAGUUACAAAUGAAGUAAGUAGGUUUACAAAUGAAGACACAGAUUAAAUCCUGUUUUUGUUUUACUUCUGUGUCUCCAAUACUAAUUUGAAUGAAUUUGUUAUUACUGAAUACUUGUACACCUUCCAGGCCAUUUAGUUCUUGGAAAAUUAUCUUCCUUAAAUGCUGUAUGUUGUUUCCUUUCUGCUCUGACUCUUAUGUCCCCCUUGCAUCCCUGAAUGUAAACAGCAGCUGUUUCACAGGUUAGAUGCCUGAGAGCUACUUGGAAAACAAGUAGACACAAGACCACAUUAACUAAGAAGUAUCACCACAAAUCCGGUGUUGAUGCUGAUUUCAACCUCACUGUUUGAUACCAGUGCAUCCAGAUUUGCCCGUUGAACUAUGACAUUCAAUAAAGACCUGUUGAACUUGUUUGAAUAUC